AUGGAAACAAAAAGGCAUAAUUUAGAAAAGCAUCAAGUAUUAUUCACAGAUAGCAGCUUUAUGCAUAAAAGUCAGAGUCAGGACGAGCAUAUAAAUAAUUUGUUUAACAAGCACUUCAAAAUUGUAAAUAAUGAAUCCUAUUCAAUGCCCGAACCGGCAAUGAUGUUUAAAGACUCUCUGUGGACAAUUGAUGAAUUGCAACUGGUAAAAAGCGAAUUGAAUAACGUGAAGAAUUGCUUGAACAGUUAUGACCUUGAUAAGUGGCAAUUGCACACAAGAUUAAGAAAUAGUGCAAAAAACGUCAUAACACGAUUGAAAAGCCACUUUCAACCAGAACUUUUAACUCAGGCAUGGUGUAAAUUUUAUGAGAUAUUAUCGUCAUUUCCUUUAAUACCACUGAGCUACAUCCAUAACAAUAACAAAUAUUUCAAAUCUGUCCAUUUGUGCGAAGCACCUGGGGCUUUCAUUACAUCUUUAAAUCACUGGUUGGAAACAAAUGUUCCAGAUAUUAAUUGGGAUUGGCUUGCUAUGACUUUGAAUCCAUAUUAUGAAGGCAAUUCAGCAUGUAUAAUGGUCGAUGACGAUAGAUUUAUAAGACACACGUUGAAACAUUGGUGUUUUGGAGAAGAUAAUACUGGAAAUCUCAUGAAUUUGAAAAACUUGAAUGAACUUACAAAGUUAUCAGAACCACAUUGUGAUAUAUUCUUAAUUACUGCCGAUGGUAGUAUAGAUUGUACAGACGUUCCAGCUGAACAAGAAAGCGUUUUAAUACAUUUGCAUUUCUGUGAAACUGUAGCUGCCUUGCAAUUAUUAGCUACUGGAGGCAGCUUUGUGUUAAAAAUUUUUACUAUUUUCGAGUGUAAUACGGUAUGCCUGAUGUAUCUGUUGUCUUGUUGUUUUAAUCAUGUAAGUGUAAUAAAACCAGCAACAAGUAAAGAAGGAAAUUCAGAAACAUAUGUUGUAUGUAUGAACUUUAAGGGACCAACAUUUAUCUCAUCUUAUCUAGACAAACUUAAGGAACAUUACGAAUAUGGCCCGAAACGAGCAAUUUUCAGCAAACAUGAUAUUCCUUGUACAUUUAUAGAAAAAGUUAUAGAAUGCAGUGAAUUUUUUAAAUCUCAACAAUGCCUAAAUCCUAAAAUGUUACAAGACAUAAAGCAAAUUCAGUGUAUGGUUGCCGAUAAAUAUAUAAGAAACUGUAACAUAAAAAAAUUAGAAGCUGGACAAAUUGUUGGAAAUGCAACUAUAUUAGGAGGAACCAGUAAUCAAUACAAAAGAUCAUUGCAAGGAUCAUAUAAUGACCGUUGUGUGAAACAACAUUUAGCACCUCUAGAUCGAAUAGAAAGUUUUUAUAAUGAUUUUAACAAAAUUGAAAUCUAUAUAUUAUCUGAUCAAGUCAUAAAAAUACAAUUUCCUUCUAUAGAAAAUAUAGAAAAAUUGAAAGCUGAAAUUCUUUGUAAACCAAGACACGAAGUUUUAAUUUUUAAGUAUACAGAUAUUUAUGAUAGCCAUAGAAUAAUCAUAGAAAUUUAUAAUACAUUAGAAAAGCUUGACAUUGGAACAACAUUAGUUUUAAUCGGUUACUCGUUACUUACUCAUCUUAGUAUUGAACUGCUUUAUCUUAUAAGUUGUGCCUUCAGUUCAUUGACAAUUACAAUUUGUAAUGAUAUAGGAUUGAAAAUUAUAUUAUAUCACUAUAAUUACAAUCCUAAAGUAUUAAAAUUUUUAAAUGAAAUUAACGCUGCUUCUUCUGAAGCUCAAAAACAAGAGAAAGCUAUUUUGGAAAUAAUUUCUCCAUCAAUUAGUACAAGUGUUUACUAUGCAACUUGUCGAAAUCUACAACUACAUUCGUUUCUUUUCAACUCAACAUAUUAUACCAAGAGUAUGCAUUAUUGGUGCGGGACCAGCUGGCUUUUAUGCUGCCCAACAAUUAUUAAAGACAAGCGCUAAUGUAAAAGUGGAUAUAUUAGAGAAAUUACCAGUACCAUAUGGUUUAGUGCGUUUUGGUAUAGCACCAGAUCAUCCAGAAGUGAAGAAUGUUAUUCAUAUUUUUGAGAAAAUUGCAUCUAAUCCACGUUUUCAAUUUAUAGGCAAUGUUAAUGUAGGAAAAGAUGUUACUAUAAAGGAAUUGCAAGAAAUUUAUCAUGCAGUUUUAUUAACAUAUGGUGCCGAAGAAGAUAAACUAUUGAAUAUACCUGGAGAGAAUUUAAACAAUAUAAUAUCAGGACGACGAUUUGUCGGUUGGUAUAAUGGGAUACCAGCAGACAGUAAUCUAAACAUUAAUUUAGAUGUAGAAGAAGCUGUUAUAUUAGGACAAGGUAACGUUGCAAUAGAUAUUGCACGAAUUCUAUUAACGCCGGUAGACAAAUUGAGGAAUACUGAUAUAACAUCAUUUGCAUUGGAAAAAUUGUCGAAAAGUAAAGUACGAAAAAUAUCAUUAAUAGGCAGAAGAGGACCAUUACAAGCUGCAUUUACAAUUGCUGAACUAAGAGAAAUAUUAAAAUUAGAUGGCUGUAAGACUUGUUGGCGUGUAGAUGAUUUUACAAAUGUAAAUCAAGUAAUUAGUACUUUAGCUAGGCCACGGAAAAGAUUAACCGCGCUUAUGUUGGAAUAUUUAGAAAAAACAUCUUCAGAUACGGGAAUAACGACAAAAAAAUUGUAUCCAAUAUUUUUAAGAAGUCCUGUGGAAUUUUUAGGUUCUAAUACAGUACAUAGUAUUAAACUAUCAGUUAAUAGACUUGAAGGUAAUGACAUAUCUAGCCAAUUUGCUGUACCUACUGGAUUGUUUGAAAAGAUUGAAUGUGGUCUUGCAUUUCGUAGUAUUGGUUACAAAUCUGUUCAAAUAGAUGCAUCAAUACCAUUUGACACAAAAAUUGGUCGUGUUAAAAGUAUAGCAGGUAAAGUUCAAGAUAAACUUUAUGCUGCAGGUUGGGUUGCAACAGGUCCUGUGGGAGUUAUAUUAUCAACAAUGACAAAUGCAUUUCAAAUUGGUACAUUAAUGAGUAAAGAAUUAUCAAUUACAGAAAAUAAACCAGGUUUUGUGGGUUUGUCUAAAAUACUUGCUCAAAAAGGAAUACCUAUAGUAUUAUACAAUGAUUGGAAAAAAAUUGACACAGUAGAAUGUGAAAGAGGAAAAAUAUUAGGGAAACCAAGGGAAAAAAUAGUUGAUAUCAAUGAAAUGUUAGAGAUUGCUUUAAAAUAAUAAAUGCAUAACAAUUAUUUAUAAAAAAGCAAAUACCUUUCACUUUUUAAUAAGUCUCAUUAUAUACUUGUUAAUAAAUCUCACUAUAUACUUAAUUUUUUAAAUAUCAGUUAUUUACUUAAAUCAAGCCUUAGAGGAACUUUAGAUUUUACACUUAUAUAUGCAGUUAUAUAGCAAUAUCUUAAUUGUAAGCAAUUUGUUAUAAAAAUAUAUCUUUACAAAGGUGAUAUUUAAAAUAAAUAAAUUUUUGAUAUUCCAGAUAUUGCCAAACUUACUUUUCCAACUAUGGUGUUUGGAAGGUUAUUAUAUUGCUCUGUAUACUAGUACAUGUAUGAUAAUAUUAUGCAUAAUGUUUUUAACAUAUAAAUUUUUUAACAUAUUAAAACAUUUAUUUAUAGUUACAAAAAUGGAAAAAUUGA